UUGGCAACACCGGUGGGUGUGGCCCCGCUUCCGGACUUAGCAUUAGCUUCGAUAGCAAUCGAGGAGCUGCGGCGCUAAUGUUCCUUUUUCAGGGCAGAAAAACAUCUGAGCUUUCUUUUAGUCACCGCUGCACGUUGCAGCUGUGAUGCUGUGUCACCAUGGGAAACCUUUUUGGAAAGAAGAAACAAAGUCGAGUGACAGAACAAGACAAGGCUAUCUUGCAACUGAAGCAACAGCGAGAUAAACUGAGGCAGUACCAGAAGAAGAUCAACCUGCAGCUGGAGAAGGAACGACUGCUGGCCAAGAAGCUGCUGAGAGAUGGCAAGAAAGAGAGAGCUCUCCUCCUGCUGAAGAAGAAACGCUACCAGGAUCAGCUGUUGGACAAGACUGAGAACCAGAUUAGCAACCUGGAGCGUCUGGUGCAGGACCUGGAGUUUGUCCAGAUUGAGAAGAAGGUCCUGGACGGCCUCAAAGUGGGAAAUGAGUGUCUGAAGAAAAUGCACGAGGUCAUGUCCAUUGAAGACGUGGAGCGCAUUUUGGACGAAACCCAGGAUGCUGUGGACUACCAAAGGCAAAUUGAUGACAUGCUGGCCGGCUCCUUGUCCCAAGAGGAUGAAGACGCUGUCCUGGCCGAGCUGGAGGCCAUCACUCAGGAAGACGUGGAGCUUCCUGAUGUUCCAUCACAGCAACUUCCAGAGGUGGUGGAGGAGAAGGCAGCGAGGGUUCAUCCCAGGAAGAAGGCGGAGCUUCUGGCUGCCUGAGAGGACAGCAGGUGGACAGUGUCUCACCUUCUUCACAACCCUGAUGGAAGGCCAGCAGAGCAUCUUUCACGCUCAGUAGCUGCUCUCAGAUCACACCUGCUGGUGUUGACAAGUGAAGCACGCGUACGUACACAAAACAUUCUUAUAUUGACUCUGGAUGCAGAGACUUCAAAAUAAAAGCCCAGCAUAAGAAGGACGUUAUCAGUUAUUACACAAGACUUUCUCUCAGCUGUUUAAAAAACCCCACCUAAAAGAGGCCUUAAGUAGAUAGUCGAGCUGGUGAGAAGCUGUCAUGCACCUUCAGUGUCUCACUCUUGUCUCUCCCUGCUCCUCCAUUAUAUUCUUCUUCUUUCUAGCAUCCAAGUCUUUUUUUACAAUAAACUCCUUUGGACAUCC